AUGUCCUAUGUUGUUGUGUAUGUAGAGGCUCUCCAUCAUGGGCACAAACUGCACAGCCAUAAACCGAGUCGGAAGCAUCGAGCUGCUACACCUGUUUCAGAUGGCGCCCUUCGUUUCGAACCGGCUCCAUAUAAUAAGAAGUUGGAGCUAAACAGUCUUGGAAAGAUUCACUGCAAAGUGGCUGGGGGCGUGGCACCUACUGUGCAGUGGUUUUUGAAUGAUGAAGAGCCUCUACCCGAAAGCAUCACAUCAUCCAACGGCACGCUUCUCAUCACCGAGGCAAAACGUGAACACGCUGGUCAAUACACCUGUAAAGCCACUGAUGGUGAUAAAUCCAUCGCCGCGAAGAUCACUGUGGAUGUUGUAGUUGCACCUCGAGUAUUAGAGCCCACAGCGGGCCAGCAAGUUCAUGUCAGGAUUGGUGAUGAUAUAUCACUGAACUGCAAGGCCAUUGGUGACCCUCCACCCACCAUUCAUUGGGACAGGAACAGAACUAUUUUGACACCUCAGAACGAUGGUGUUGAUACAGAAGAUGGUGCCAACGCGUCUUUCGCAAGAAUUCUCCUCCUAAACAACGGAACGCUUGAAAUUCACAAUGUAACAGAGCAAGACUCGUACAGAUAUGGAUGUACUGCAGGGAGUGCCGCGGGUUUAUCUAGAGCAGAAUUGGAGCUCAUUGUACAUACAGAAAACGACAUGCCCCCACAAGAAUCCAGCGGGGUCGCGGGUAAAGCUGUGCUCGUCUCCAUAUCCGUGGCUGGGGCUUAUAUGCUCCUUGUCCUGGCUCUCAUGGUGUACUGCAGACGACGAAGACUCAAGCGCAGACAGAGAGCGGGAGAAAAAGAGGAAUUAGAGAUGGCGGAGGGUCGAGAGAAAUUAGUGGAAGAGGGAGAAGAAAAGAAAGUGCAGAACGGUGCUCCGUUGCACAAUGGUCGGCUCUUGCAUGAGCGGGAUAGCGGUGCAGAUAAUUCCGAGGUGUCAGUCAUGUCUCGCGCCUCCAAAAAGUCUGGACAUUAUGAACAAUUUUCGAUACCCAAGUCUUUGAUCACGGAACAGAUAACUUUAGGUCGCGGAGAGUUUGGGGAUGUUUAUCUUGCUAAACUGGAUCUGUUGCAAGUGAAGAAGCUAAGGAACAAGGACGAUCCCGACACAGAGCCCAAAGUUCGAGCUGUUAUGAUCAAAGCGCUUAAUACUAAGGAUGAGCAUCAACUUGCUGAAUUCCGUCGCCAGCUUGACCUGUUCAGCCGAGUUCGUCAUGAAAAUAUUUCACGACUUUUCGGUCUGUGCAACGAGUCAGACCCACAUUACAUGGUACUGGAACACACUGAUUGGGGUGACCUAAAAACCUUCCUGAUCGCGACCCGUACCGACGAAGAAAACGAGGAGUACAUAGCUCGCGUGGGAUCUUCCCACGCGUUGCCCAAACCCCAGCACUCGGUCCCACCUCUGGAACAUUUGCACAAAGUGGUUUUGGCCCAGCAGUUGGCUGCUGCCGUCAAUAAGAUGGCCAGUAAGCGGAUGACGCAUCGCGACAUCGCAGCUCGUAACUGCCUGAUUACCUCACAAUUGCAGCUCAAAUUGUCAUUCCCAGCUCUCACUCGAGGACCCAAUUCCCACGAAUACUUUAAACUGCAUGACCAGGUGAUCCCACUUCGCUGGCUUCCCCAAGAGUCUGUCUUAGAAGGAGAUUAUUCUACAAAGUCCGAUGUGUAUAUGUUUGCUACCACUAUUUGGGAGAUUUAUACAAAAGCUGAACAGCCAUUUGCAAAACUGAACGACAACUCAGUGCUUGAAAGACUGAAGAAUGGAAGUCUUGAAUGGAAUGUUCCGGAUUCGAUGCCCGAGAAAUUGCUGGCUUUAUUGAAACGUUGCUGGACAACAUCGCCAAAAGAUAGGCCGCAAUUCUCAGAGGUGUGCGAAGAUAUAUCUGUUAUAAUACAAGAGAUUACAGCUGAAACUGUCUCCCAACACUCUAAAGACAAAAGUGAACUUAACGAAUAA